AUGGCUAUUAAACAUAAAAUAUAUUCUGAUCAAGUUCCCGAAUUAGUGGAAAGAGUUUUGAAAUUACAGAAAGAUAAAACAGAAAGUAACAAAGAUCGAAGAAUAAUUAUCUCAAUAGCUGGUAUUCCUGGCUCAGGCAAAUCAACAUUAUCUACAGAGAUUGUAAGACAACUAAAUAAAAGUGUUAAAGCAAUUGCUGUUCAACAGGAUGGGUUUCACUUAUACAGAUCAGAGUUGGAGAAAUUACCGAAUCCAGUAGAAGCAUUCCUUAGAAGAGGAGCACCUUUCACAUUUGAUGCUAAAAAGUUCUUGAAUUUAGUUUCACAUCUAUACGAUGAAAAUUAUGCUGGUAGUCCUAUUAAAGUGCCAACUUUUGAUCAUAAAUUAAAAGAUCCCGUUGAGGAUGAUAAAGUAAUAGAUCCAGAUACUAAGGUAAUCAUUAUAGAAGGAAACUAUGUUUUAUUGAAAGAUUUAUAUUGGAACGAGAUUAGCAAUUACGUUGAUGAAUCAUGGUUUGUUGAUGUCCCAUUAGACUUAGUAAAGGAAAGGAUUAUAAAAAGACACUUGGAAGCAGGAAUUGCUGAAAAUGAACAAGAGGCAAUCAAGAGGGCAGAUAAUAAUGACUUACUUAACGCUGAGUACAUUUUAAAAAAUUCUAAACCGGCCGAUUUAACUAUUUUGACAAGAUAG